UAAGUGAAAUAUGGAGUAUUCAUUUUGAAUGCAUUUAAUUAAGAAGGCUUGCGUUCAAGGGUCCCCGCUGCAAGACUCUGGCCACGCCCAUGGCCACAGCAACAACAACCACAUUGGCGGCGAUAAAAAAAGUCGCCGCUGGCAGAAGCUUCGGGCUCUGAUUGUUGUUUACGUGUCGACCGGUCCGGUGGAGUCGUCUUAACUAGUGCUCUUCUGCUUCUCUGGCCGAAUUGAACGGAACGAACUGCCGAACGAAACGGUACAGAAGCCCGCCGACAACUGAUCUUGGCCAGAAACGGAGUCUUGAGCUUAGCAGCACUUUGUGUACCAAACUCCGGCGUUUUGUUUGCCCUCGGUUUCUAUUUGGCUUUGGCUUUGGAGUUGAGAAAACAAAAGAGAGCUAGAAGCGUAGCACCAUGAACAGCAUACACAUGAACGCCAAUACGCUGAAGUACAUCAGCCUGCUGACGCUGACCCUGCAGAAUGCCAUCCUGGGCCUCAGCAUGCGCUAUGCCCGCACCCGGCCAGGCGACAUCUUCCUCAGCUCCACGGCCGUACUCAUGGCCGAGUUUGCCAAACUGAUCACGUGCCUGUUCCUGGUCUUUAACGAGGAGGGCAAGGAUGCCCAGAAGUUUGUCCGCUCGCUGCACAAGACCAUCAUUGCGAAUCCCAUGGACACGCUGAAGGUGUGCGUCCCCUCGCUGGUCUACAUCGUGCAGAAUAACCUGCUGUACGUCUCUGCCUCCCAUUUGGAUGCGGCCACCUACCAGGUGACGUACCAGCUGAAGAUUCUCACCACGGCCAUGUUCGCGGUUGUCAUCCUGCGUCGCAAGCUGCUGAACACCCAGUGGGGAGCGCUGCUGCUCCUGGUCAUGGGCAUCGUCCUGGUGCAGUUGGCCCAAACGGAGGGACCGUCGAGUGGUUCAGCCGGUGGAGCUGCAGCAGCAGCAGCCACGGCCGCCUCCGCUGGAGGAGCACCUGUGCAGAACAGGAUGCUUGGACUGUGGGCCGCAUUGGGCGCCUGCUUCCUGUCCGGAUUUGCGGGCAUCUACUUCGAGAAGAUCCUCAAGGGUGCCGAGAUCUCCGUGUGGAUGAGGAAUGUGCAGUUGAGUCUGCUUAGCAUUCCCUUCGGCCUGCUCACCUGCUUUGUGAACGACGGCAGCAGGAUCUUCGAUCAGGGAUUCUUUAAGGGCUACGAUCUGUUUGUCUGGUAUCUGGUGCUGCUGCAGGCCGGCGGUGGAUUGAUUGUGGCCGUGGUGGUCAAGUAUGCGGAUAACAUACUCAAGGGCUUCGCCACCUCGCUGGCCAUCAUCAUCUCGUGCGUGGCCUCCAUCUACAUCUUCGAUUUCAAUCUCACGUUGCAGUUCAGCUUUGGAGCUGGGCUGGUCAUAGCCUCGAUCUUUCUCUACGGCUACGAUCCUGCCAGGUCGGCGCCGAAGCCAACUAUGCAGGGACCUGGUGGCGAUGAGGAGAAGCUGUUGCCACGCGUCUAGCUCUGGAGGAAUCCGGAUCUGCCAACAGUAUUUGUCCGUAGCCCGGAGGCCGUUCGGUAACUGCAUCUGGUGCACUUGAUAUUCCCCACGUUUAGUGUGUAUAUAUGUUAGGGUGGAUAUUAACGACUGGACAAUUCGUAGCACCUUCUGUUGAGACGAUAUUUGUAAUGUAAAGGAUUGAUAAGAAUACUUAAUUAUUUAUGUAAUUUAAAUAUAUUUAGGGUAUUCACUAGCAACACUAAAGUAUGGACAUUGAAUUGAUUAUUAAUCAUUUGAAUUGUUACUUUGUAAACGCUAAGGAAUGCCAACAGUAUUUACUGGACCGAAUUGCCGUACCUUUCCUAUCCUUUUGUAAAUAUCCACUUGCACUCAAGUCUAGACUAAGAACUUAUAACGAAUUAUAGUUUCAAGUUACUUUUGAUGUUCGGCCAAAACUAAA